AUGUCUGCUGAUCACUCAAGAGAUCCAUGUCCAAUUGUUAUAUUAAAUGAUUUUGGUGGUGCAUUCGCCAUGGGUGCUAUUGGUGGUGUCGUAUGGCACGGUAUUAAAGGUUUUAGAAAUUCUCCUAUGGGUGAAAGAAGAUUAGGUUCUUUAAAUGCUAUUAAAGCGCGUGCACCUGUACUUGGUGGUAAUUUUGGUGUUUGGGGUGGUUUAUUUUCAACAUUCGAUUGUUCUGUAAAAGCUAUUAGAAAGAGAGAAGAUCCUUGGAAUGCUAUCAUUGGUGGGUUUUUCACUGGUGGUGCUUUGGCUAUUAGAGGUGGUUGGAAACAUACAAGAAAUAGUGCAAUUACUUGUGCUUGUUUAUUAGGUGUUAUUGAAGGUGUUGGUUUAAUGUUUCAAAGAUAUGCAGCUUGGCAAGCUAAACCAAUGGCUCCACCUUUACCUGAAGGUGUCGCACCUCAACAGGCUCAACCAUUACAAGCAUAA